GUCAUGUUUUCUAGACCUUUCAUCAUUUUUGUUGCUCUUUGCCGGCUUUCAUUUGAUGCCUUACGAGAAACUUUUUGAAUAAAUUCUAUUAAACCAGAGUGGGUUUGUCAGACCUUCUGGAUGUUCCUGACACAGAGGAGUGAGCCACAAUUGGGCCUCCGUGUCACAGCUUGUUCGCCCAUUCCAUCUUCCCUAUGACUCUCUCUGGAUGUCUGUCAGUGAGCUCCCCUCUGAGUCUUCCCUUUCCGGGACAUGGAGUUGCCUUCUCUGUGUUUUCAGGAUCCUUUCAUGAUGAGUGUCUGGCUGUGUGUUCCCAGCAGAUAUGGGGAUAGUUAAACCCCUCCUAAGCACCUUUGAGCGUUUGGGGAGCUGCGUUACAAUAGGCUGUUAAAAUAAUACAACUUUUUUUUCGGAAUGAAUGAAAUUAAUUCACCUGAUCUCGCUUCUUUUCCUUCCCCUGAGCAGGGUUUCCUGUGUUCAAAUCCGAUGUUAUCUCCCAGGUGAAACAAACGGAAGAGCCAGGGGCCCCAGCUCUCCAGGGCUUAGAGGAAAGAGAGAUUCUGAUGGCCACCUGUUCAGCAGGUGGUGGGAUGCUGAGUGAGAAUAUGGAGCAGAAUCCUCACCAGGAACAUGCUGAGCAAGUGGAACCACAUGGGGGAUUACUACAAGGCUCCCAAGGGAAUGUAUCCAGGCAUCAUGUGCAGGGAAAAGCCUGUGAGAGUCGGCAUAGGCCAGAGAGACAGCAGGAAAGCCAACCAGGGGAGAAAGUGGGUAAAUCCCCUAAUUGUCGGGAAACUCACAACAACUUCAAGGAAAGCACAGCCCAGCAGAGAAUCCCAACGGGAGAGAGACCCUAUAAAUGCACUGAGUGCGGAAAGACCUUCAGUUUGAGUUCAAACCUUAUUAAACAUCAGAGGAUCCAUACAGGAGAGCGCCCCUAUGAAUGCGGAGAGUGCGGGAAAACCUUCACUCACAGCUCACACCUAACUAGACAUCAGAGAAUGCACACUGGAGAAAGACCCUAUGAAUGCUGUGAGUGCGGGAAGACCUUCCGGUACCGCUCAGACCUUAUCACGCAUCAGAGAAUCCACACGGGGGAGAGACCCUAUGAGUGCUGUGAGUGCGGGAAAAACUUCAGUCAGAGCUCGAACCUUAUUAAACAUCAGAGGAUCCACACUGGAGAGAGACCCUAUGAGUGCUGUGAGUGCAGGAAGACCUUCACGCGGAGAUCAAACCUUAAUGCACAUCAGAGAAUCCACAAAGAUGCAAGACCCUAUGAAUGCUUUAUAUGGGAAAACCUCCACACUGAGCUCACACCUUAUUACACAUGAGAGAAACACCUUAAAAACCUUUUCAAAGCCUGACAAAAGUUGUUGGGGUUUUUUUUGUUUGUUUGUUUGUUGUUUUGUUU